AUGGUAUCAGCCACAGAGGAUGACAAAAAUAGUGGGUCGGAAUUGAUUGCAAAAUCUGGUGAAGAGAAACAAAAAGAUAAUGAGGAAGAGCCGGAGAGUCUUCUGGUAUUCUUUUUACAGGUAAAAUACGCAUGCAAGUUCUCAUUUUCUUGCAAGGGGGGAGUCUUUCAAGUGGAAAAAACAAAAAUUAAAAUAGUAGAAUUGGACGAACGUCAAGGGCUCAAAUUCAAUCGCUAGUGCUUUUCUAAAACCGCCGGAAUUUUUUUGUCGAAAAUUAGCAAAAAAUUAGAAUUUGGUUUGCGAUGUUUGGCAUAAAAAUUGCAGUUACUAAUUCCGUGUUUUUAAGUCCAAAGAAUCAAUUUUUUCCGCGCGGAAGCGGCAGGUAGGCGCUAACUGCGUUUUUCGUCCGGCCGACUCUCCUUAAUUCGCAUGCUCUCUCGCAAUAAAAGUUUUGAAUAUUUCCGCUGCCGUUGAGAAGCGUGGACCAAGCUUUCACGGGCUGCUUUUUGUGACUAGUGUAACACUCGCAUGCAAACCUUGAAGCAAAUAUAGAUGCCUUUCUGAAUGCCUUCUCUUAUUGGUUUAGAGAGUGAUUGAUAAAAUUUUGAUCUUUCCAGGCAACUCCAGCCCUAAUUCUGGCAGCUCUGGGCACCAUCUUCACUGGUUAUCUCUACAACAUUGCCGAGGGAUCCGAGUUCUUUUCCGAGAUCCGUGAAGCGUUCAUGGUCGCCCCUCCGAUCCUCGGCCUCAAGGGUAAUAUCGAGAUGACUCUGGUGUCUCGUCUGUCCACGAUGGCCCAUCGAAAGAGCACCAAAGCCAAGUGGAAGGACUGGUUCUUCUCCCUUUACGUCAACCUUACAUUGCUCUGGACUCAAGCCUUUUUUCUUACCGUCGCGACUUGUCUUCUUACCAGUGUGGCUUUGGCGUUUGAGAAUACGAUCCUCGGGAAGGAUGUGAUAAUUUUAUUCAGCAGUGCUCUCACAUCUACAACCCUAGCAGCAGUCAUCUUAGGUACAAUAAUGUGCUUUCUGGUCUGUUUCUCCAUCUAUAUUAAGGCUAAUCCGGAUAAUAUUGCAACGCCAUUGUCGGCAUCGGCCAGCGAUGUCGUCACACUCACACUUUUUGUAAGUUUUCUUGUACAUCUGGACGGAAUGCAUGGCAUUUUAGAUGUACAUUGGGACGGGUGAGAUCAAAUUGGAGAGAAUUCAUUACGCAAUUAACUUGAUUCCAAUCAUUUUGAACAUCAUUAUGCUCCCGGGAAUGAUUUAUGUGGCAUUUAUGAAUGAUGACACGAGGCCGACACUUCUUUUUGGAUGGACUUUUUUGGUAUUGGCAGUGCUUUUGAGCAGGUAUAUUAAUCGCUUCAUGAGAUGAUUGCUUUAUUAUUUAACUUUGAUUUUAGUCUUGGCGGAUACAUCUUCAAAUGGGCAUCGGCUCAUUAUCCAAAUUCAGUGAUAUUUCAACCUCUAUUAUCAAGUAAGAUUACCUCGAUCUGAGAUGGAUUAAUGUCCGUGUUUAGGUCUAUGUGGAAAUCGAGCAUCAAUUAUGUGCAGUAGGCUGAGUACUGAGUAUAAUGUGAGCAACGAGAAGAAGACGAGCACUCUGAAUGAUUCUUUAUUGCAUCUCUGUAGUCCAGUUACGGUAUUUGGUUGUAAAGGUAAAAAAGUUAUAGGGGAUGCACUGCAAGUUUAAGGGUUCCUUUUUAUUAAAAUUAAAAGCUAAUGUAAGAAUUUUUUGUCAUGCUCAGGAAGUUUGUUUUGCAGAGGUCGAAAAAAUGCGGAAAUUUUUUAUUAAAAUUUCUUUUUGAAAAACGCUUUAGGGUAUUGAAUUGUGUAAUGUUUCAACAAAUAAUUUUUUCCGAGCUCAACUUUUUGCUUUGUACAAAAAAGGCCUAGAUCUUUAUUCAAAAUUUAAAGUCAAGCGAAAAACAACUUCUGACGAUAUUAUUCUUGCUAAUUACAGUACCCACUUCCAGAUUCGCACUCCAAAUGUGGCGUCCUACUAAUUGUAACCGCGGUCCCUUUCCAGUGGUUGUUCGUGAUCGUCUUAUCCUUCAUUUACAAAGGUCCCAAUGAAGUGUGGUUCAUGGUGAUGUUGGUGGCAGCCUCUCUUGUUCAGGUAAUCGGCCUCUCCCAUGGAGAACAUGACUCAUGUGUUUGUCCUCUUUCCAGGUCACAUUUUUGAUUUAUUUGUCGCAUUGUUUGGUGGCGCUCUUCUCGAGGUUUGAUUUGGAUCCGGAUAACUGCACCAUCCCUGUUAUCACCUCACUCGGGGAUCUGACUGGCGCCGGGAUGCUGUACUUUGUCUGCUUCAUCGCACACAAAAUCGUCCCCCAAACUUUGGAGACGCCCAUUUAG